AUGAAACCGGGACGUACCAUCUUAGCAUCCACGAUAUCCAAGCCAUACACUGAAGAAAUUGAGAAAAAAGUGGAACAAUUGAGGCCCAUUAGGCCACAGGGACCAUUGUUAGUUGGAUUCCUGGCUAAUGAGGAUCCUGCUGCCAAGAUGUAUGCUACAUGGACGCAACGUACUUGUGAAUCUUUGGGAAUCCGCUACGAAUUGAGAGAAUUGGAGGAUCGUGACUUCCUGGAGGAAGCUAUUUUACAGGCUAAUAGAGAUGACUCUAUCGAUGGGAUAAUGAUCUAUUUUCCCGUAUUUAAUAACGCACAGGACCAAUAUUUGCAACAGUGUGUCUCAAAGGAGAAGGACGUGGAAGGGUUGAACCACGUGUAUUACCAGAAUCUGUAUCAUAAUGUCAGAUUCUUGGAUGAUGAACAAAAAUUGAAAUCUAUCCUACCUUGUACUCCUCUAGCAGUGGUAAAGAUCCUAGAGUACUUACAAGUGUAUAAUAGGUUGCUUCCUGAUGGGAACCACUUGUACGGAAAGAAAUGUGUCGUGGUGAAUAGAUCAGAAAUCGUCGGCAGACCCCUGGCUGCAUUGUUGGCCAAUGACGGUGCUACUGUAUAUUCUGUCGACAUUAAUAAUAUUCAAAAAUUUACUCGUGGUGAAGGUUUGAAGUUCACAAGACAUCAUGUCGAAGACUUGGGUGAUUAUUCAGAGGAAUUAUUGAAAAAAUGUUGUCAAGAGGCAGACGUUAUUAUCACUGGGGUACCCAAUGAAACUUAUAAAUUUCCCACUGAAUAUGUCAAAGAGGGAGCCACUUGUAUUAACUUCUCCUCAUUCAAGAAUUUUGAUGAUUCCGUUAAGGAAAGGGCAUCCUUGUAUGUUCCAAUGACCGGAAAGGUUACCAUCUCUAUGCUCUUAAGGAAUAUGCUAAGAUUAGUUGAAAAUAGGGAAGCAUUAAAAUAA